AUGACAAUACUGCAGAAGGAAAACAAAGUCAUGUUGUCCCUCUGGCCUCUCCACCAGCUACUGAGGGUACAGAAGCACCAAUCCACUCUCUUUUCUCUGCCUCUGUCCCCAGAGUACACAGGGAUCAGACUGGUGAAUGGCAGCACAGUGUGUGCGGGGAGGGUGGAGGUCCAGGUGCUGGGGACCUGGGGGACCCUCUGUGCCUCCCGCUGGGAUCUCUCGGAUGCCCACGUUCUCUGUCAGCAACUCAACUGCGGGUUUGCUGAAUAUUCUGGAGGAGAACAUUUUGGGAGAGAGACUGGCCCUGUCUGGAGAGACUCAUUCCACUGUGACGGGACUGAAGCCCUCCUGCAACAGUGCCCAGUGACCACCCUGGGGGCCUCGCCGUGCUCCCAAGGGAACGCUGCUGCUGUCAUUUGCUCAGCCGGCUUUGGAUCCCUGCGGCUGGUGGGCGGAGGGAGCCGGUGCGACGGACGAGUGGAGAUCUUCCAGGAUGGGGCGUGGGGCAGAGUCCUGGAUGAGCAGUGGGACGUGCAGGAGGCCAGCGUGGUGUGCCGGCAGCUGCGGUGCGGAGAGGCAGGGACAGCCUACAACCCCCCAAAGCCUGAGCGAGGGACGGGCCCCGUGGGGCUGCGAGGGGUCCGGUGUGCAGGGCACGAGGCCAAGCUGACCCUCUGCAACACCUCCCUGCCCAGCAGUGCGCUGGCAGCAGGGCUUGCGGAGGACGUGGGAGUCAUUUGCUGGGGGAGCCGGCGGGUCCGGCUGGUGAACGGGGCCGGGCGCUGUGCAGGGAGAGUGGAGAUCUACUCCCAGGGCAUCUGGGGGACUGUCUGCGACGACGGCUGGGACCUGUCUGAUGCCGCCGUCGUUUGCCACCAGCUGGGCUGCGGAGAGGCAGUGGAGGCAGCCGGCUCCGCUCGCUUCGGGGAAGGCUCCGGGCAGAUCUGGCUGGAUGGUGUGAACUGCUCCGGGGCCGAAGCUGCUCUCUGGGACUGCCCGGCUGGGCCCUGGGGGCAGCACGACUGCGGGCACAAAGAGGAUGCGGGAGUCGUCUGCUCAGAGUUCGUGGCCCUGAGGCUGGAGAACAGCGACGGCUGCUCCGGGCGCCUGCAGGUUUUCUACAACGGGACAUGGGGGAGCAUUUGCUCUAACUCCAUCACUGACAACACGGUGACACUGGCGUGCAAGGAGCUGGGCUGCGGGGACAGAGGAUCCCUCGAAACACGCCUGCCCUCUGGCAGGGUGUCUGGCCCUGCCUGGCUGGAUCGGCGGUGUGGGGAGACAAACAGCUCUUUCUGGCAGUGUCCCUCCACACCCUGGAACCCACAGUCAUGUGAAUACCUGGAAGAGGAGAUCCACAUCACCUGCAAUGAUUCGUGCCGUGGGAGGCAAGGACGGUGCUCGGGCAGAGUGGAGGUCUGGCACCGUGGCUCCUGGGGGACGGUGUGCGACGACUCGUGGGACAUGCAGGAUGCCGAGGUGGCGUGCAGGCAGCUGGGCUGUGCCGCGGUGUCUGCCCUGCAUGAGGCUGCAUUUGGGAUGGGGACGGGCCCCAUCUGGCUGGAGCAGGUGGAGUGCCAGGGGACGGAGCCAUCCCUGCAGGACUGCUGGGCCCGGCCCGGGGACAGCGGGGCUUGCCGGCACAAGGAAGAUGCUGCCGUGCGCUGCUCAGGCUCCAGCAGAGCCCAGGAGCCCUUCCCCGAGGCUGUGUACGAGGAGAUCGGGUACAGCCCAGCGUGGGAGAAACGGGCCAGUUUGAUCGCUCAGGUGGGCUCCUAUUCAGAGGAGUCCCUGACCCAGCUGCAGCCCCACCCUGGGGUCAGUGAGGAGGAGAAAGGUCUGGGAUCAGCACCAGGGGGCAGCCUGCGCUCCUGGAGAAGUGCCGACGUCCCUGGAGCUGAAGGAGACACCUCGUCCCUGUCCCCGGGGAGCAUGGGCUAUGAUGAUGCUGAAGAGGUGCCUGUGGCACUUCCCUGUGAGGACGCAAAGGCUGUGACACCGAGCUUGGUGCACAGCAGUCCCUGA